UGGACAUUCUGUGAGGGGGACACCCUUAGGUUGAUCACAAAAACUAUUUCUGAGCCAGCGAAACCGACAUCGGCAGGACACCCUUGCAGAACGCAGAACCAUUGGUGCGACUUUAUAUUUGAGUAAGGCAUAUUUGACACGGGACAUCUUGUGCAAACAAGAAAACAACAACAACAACAACAACAACACAAUAACAAGAGCAAAUCAUCCUACACCAUGAUCGAAUCGUUGUUUGUUCUCUCUUCAACAGGGAAAGUCAUCAUUGAGAAACACUGGCAUGAGCUUAUUCCACGUCCUGUGGUUGAUUACUUUAAUGAACAGGUCUCCAAAGCCAUGGCUGCAAGCGAGGAUAUCUCACGAGAGGACGUACUGCCCAUCAUCCCUUCGCCAAAAUACCAACUUAUCAAUGUAUACCGCGACGGACUUACAUAUCUUAGUCCUGUGACCAAAGAAGUCGAUCCGAUGAUGGUUUUUGAGUUCUUACACCGGAUUUUGGAUAUUAUGCAAGAGUAUUUUGGCACGGUAUCAGAAACAACUAUUAAAGAGAACUUUGUCACUGUUUAUCAACUGUUGGAGGAAAUGAUGGACGAUGGAUAUCCGCUCACGACUGAACCCAAUGCGCUUAAGGAAAUCGUACCAGCACCCAACAUCCUUGACAAAGUCAUUAGUACCAUGGGUGCCCCAACAUCAGUCUCGACAAAAAAGAUGCCCCAUGGUAUGUCCAAUUUACCAUGGAGAAAGGCUGGUGUAAAGUAUGCAACCAAUGAAAUAUACUUUGAUAUCAUUGAGGAAAUCGAUGCCAUUGUGGACUCCACUGGAAAAGCCGUAUCAUGUGAAGCUCAUGGAACCAUUCAAGCCAACUGUCGACUCUCAGGCAUGCCUGAUUUGACUUUAAGCUUAGUGAACCCAAGACUAGUGGAUGAUUGUAGCUUCCAUCCUUCAGUACGCUUCAACAAAUGGGAGUCAGAUAAAGUUCUUUCUUUCGUGCCGCCAGAUGGUCACUUUCAACUCAUGAGUUAUCGUGUCAACCUCCCUAGUCAACAAAACUUACCAGUACAAGUCAAACCAUCGAUCAAUAUUGGAACCAAUGGCGCCAAAUUCGAUAUCACGGUCUGUCUCAGAAACACAGAAGGCAAGUCUCUAGAGGAUGUUGUGCUGAUUCUACCUCUCCACAAAUCCACUACAAAUUUGACAGCGCAUUGUAAUGUGGGCCAAUACAUGUUUGAUCCUGUUGGGAAGGUCCUUCGGUGGGAUAUUGGCAAGAUCGUACCGCGGGAGCGUGCACCUGUUAUUUCUGGCUCUUUCGCAUUCGGCUCAGCAAAUAGCGAAGCAGCUGCAAAUGCAGGAUAUAAUAUUGGCUUGGAAUUCAUGAUCAAACAACAUUCUCUCUCAGGACUUAUGCUCGAAGGAAUGAAACUGUUUAAUGAAUCUAAACCCUUCAAGCUUAGACGCAUUACUAAAGCUGGCAGAUACCAAAUUCGCGCGUAGCGUUGAUGAUUU